UAACGUUGACCCUCUCCUCGAUGUCGCUACAGCACUUUGGCAAGGGCGCACUCCGGGUAGCCAAGAAUUACACAAAGGGCUACUCAGAAACACAGGCAAAAGUCCGUGAUGCCACCUCCAACGAUCCAUGGGGCCCCUCUGGCACACAGAUGAACGAGAUCGCACAGCUCACAUACAACCAGGGUGACUUUGUGGAGAUCAUGGAGAUGCUCGAUAAACGACUGAACGACAAGGGCAAGAACUGGCGGCAUGUGUUCAAGUCGCUCACCGUGCUCGAUUACUGCCUGCACGCCGGCUCCGAGAAUGUCGUCAUCUACUUCCGCGACAACGUCUACAUCAUCAAGACACUCAAAGAAUUCCAGUACGUCGAUGAGGAUGGCAAAGACCAGGGCGUCAACGUCCGCCAGAAAGCCAAGGACAUCACCAACCUCCUCGUCGACGAGAACCGCCUCCGCGAGGAACGCCGCUCCCGCGCGAGCAUGCGCGACCGCAUGGUCCGCAGCGGCCCCGGAGACGAAGAUGGCGGCAGCGCAAAGUACGCUCCGCCCGUGGGCGCGCCACCGAGACGCCGUGGUGGAGGACCGGAUGACGAGGACGAGCUGCGUCGCGCGAUCGAGGAGAGCAAGCGCACGCUCGCGGAGGAGCAGCGCAAGGCACACGAGGACGACGAUCUCGCCCAGGCGAUCAGGAUGAGCGAGGAGGAGGAGUCGAAGCGCAACAAAGCCGUUGAAGACUCGAACGCCAAUGCGCUCUUUGACGAGCAGAACCAACUCUCGCCAAACGGCAACAAUUCCGCUCCCUUUGUCGAUCCCACUCCAUAUGCCACCGGCCUCAACCCACAGUAUACGAUGCAGCCCCAGUUCACGUCGUUUAACCCGUACCAACAGCAAGCCCAGCAGGAGGCCAUGCAGGCGGAAUACUUCCGCCAGCAGCAGGAGUGGCAACAACAACAGGAGAUGCUUCAGCAGCAGCAAAUGCAAGCUCAGAUGCAGGCCCAGCAACAGGCCCAGCAGGAGGAAUGGUUCCGCCAGCAACAACUCGCCCAGAUGCAGCAGCAGCAGCAACAGCAGCAAAUGCUCAUGGCGCAGCCUACAGGCUUCGGCUCCAACAACCCCUUUGCCCCCGCCCAACCAUCCCCCACACCCCCCAUGCCCUCUCUCAACACCUCCGUCUCAUCAUCCAACGGACCCUCCUUCAACCUCCAAGGCACCUACGCCAACUCGCCUGCCCCCGCAUUCAGCUCACCCUCCCCCGCAGCGUCCUCCCCCAGGCCCGAAUCCGCUUCCGCCGCCGGCGGCCCGUCGCGCAACGGCACGGGACCGCGCCCGACGCGCGCCGACGCGGAGCACGCGCACCUCGCGGACCUCUUUGCGAACCGCGACGACGGGCAGGACACGUUCGGCAACGUCGGCUUGCUCAGGUACGGGCAGACGGACCAUGGCCGGAUCGCGGCGACCAAGACGGGCGGGAGCCACAACCCGUUCCAGAUGCAGCAGAUGCAACAGCAGCAGCAGCAGCAGUAUCAGCAGCAGCAGCAACAGCAGGGCCACGACCAGCCGUUUUUCUCUCUCUAACCUCCGAGUCACUUUCCACUUCCGUUUUCUCUUUAUCUAAGUAUCCCGCACCACCUAUUUCCUUUCGACCCUGCAGCUCCAUAACGCGCGGUAUCGCUAUCAACAGCGCACCGUGCUGUCCUGUCCUGUGCCGGUACAUAUGACUCCCAACGGAUAUCUAGCCCAUCCUACUCUACGUACGGAGCGGAUGAUUCACGCCAUACACACACGUUCAUUUCCACCGUCUCUAUUCUCUAGUUUCUAUUCUCUAGCUCUCCCGUACCUCUCUCGUCCUUUUUCCUUUUGACUACAAUGUUUUCAUCUGUCAUCGUCGUAGUCUGACUCGCUGAAUUGAAUAACGC